AUGACGCCUUUACAGUGUCUUGAACGAUUCGUGACUGAGAACCCGGUCCAGGCUGGGAUUCUGCUCGGCGGGAUAACCGUGGUUGCUAUUCCUGGAGCCUUAUUAGGCGCACUUGGGUUCGGCGCUGGUGGCGUGGGAGCUGGCAGCCUGUUUGCCAUUCUCCAAAGCGCGGGGACUGGAAAGUCCUUUCCUGGCUACUAUCAGAGCUGCCGGGGCGGCGGCGACUUCAGGGCCUGUGUACACCCUCGUGCAAUGCAUCGCCGCCAAUGGUACGGCAACAUGAGCAUCGAAGCGAAGUCUU